AUGUUCCGCAACACUAUGAUCCGGUCGACACGAACCCUUCGCUUCAGCGCCCCAUCCGCACGUCCUUUCUCCCUCUCUGCCUCAACAAGGGUCAAGCAAUACCCAAACGACCUGAGCACCAACUCAAAGACCAAGACGGACAAAUACGACAGCGACAGCCCCCACGCGGUACAAGAUAAGGUCCAACAAGGCGAUACACACAACAUUCAUGAGAGCAAUGCAAAGGACGCCUUAGAUUCACAGAAGGAGGGCACCGGUGGCCAUGCGACUGAAGGCAAGGACUCGGCUGGCGGAAAGGAGACGGCGAAGAAGGAGUUCCCCGAGGCACCAGACCCAGCCAUUGGCAUGCAGGACGAGAGAGGUGGACGGGGUGCUUAA